UGCAUGGGGUGGUAAAUAAAAGAUGCAGUAAUCACGCUACGAGACUACAAUACUUUUUUUAGGUUUUGUUUUUAUUCAAAUUUUUGAUUUAAUAUGUGCAAAAUUUACAUCAAUUUUCGACAAACCACUUUCCCUAUGAAAUAUACCAUGGGGACGACUAUGGACGAAUUACAAUUACAACUAACUUUACAGUUGGUAGAUUGUAAAUUUUAUUCAGGUGGUAUCCCUGAAUUUUGAUUGAGUACUUCACAUGACAUUUAUAGACACAAAUCAAAUCAAUAAGUAUUGAAAAUCUAAAUACUUUCCAAAAUACACAAAGAUUCGACAAAUGUAAGGAACUUUUUUAUUGAAACGAAACUUGAACAAUGGCGGAGCUUCAAAAUCCUCUACCUCCCGGAUGGGAUUGCCAGUGCGACAGGAAGUCUGGAAGAUAUUACUACGUCAACCACCUUACAAAGACAACAACUUGGGAUGAUCCGAGACUUCAACAUAAACCAAGACAUCCCGCACCCAUUGUACCUGUUGAACAUAUCGUGAUGCAGGAUCUAAGCCACGUAACUCGUGGUAGUCCGCGCACUAGCAGACUCCAAGAUACGACCUUGAGCGCGGCCGCAAACACCGAGGAAGCAGUGACUAAAAUCAGUACCAUGUUUCCGACGGUGUCCGAUACUCACAUUCGAUUACUUCUCAAGAAGUACAUGAAGUUCAUAUUUCCGAAGGCUGAGGAGACCAUGAUUUUGGACAUACUAAGCGGCAACGAUAACAACAUACAGAAGGCGUCCGAAAUUCUCAUUGAAAUGGGUUUCGAAAAGAGGGACAAUGCCAAGAAGCAAUCCGUAUUAUCUAAACCUGAGCCGGCAAAGGUGCAGCAUGCCGAACCUGAUGUUGUACCGGCCAUCAAGUCUGUUGCGGAGAAAAAAAUUAUUCAAAGUACACUUGAGGAAAAGUACAAUGACAUCCCCGGUCAGGUUGUAACUAUCGCUUUGGAGAGCGUAAACUUCGAUGAGCACCGGGCAAAUCAAAUUUUAGAGAUAAUGGUUAAAGAAGAAAACGACAAGGUUGUUCCGGAAAUACAAACUGAGAGCACGGAAGAUACAGCCACUGACCUGUUAUCUGGAACAAUACCCAUAUCUCAAAGUCGACAGUCCCUGAAGUCCUUGCUUAAGAGCGAAAAAAGCGACUAUUCUAUCAAAGGAAGUUCGAGUUUUAGUAGAAUAAUCGAGGAGAGAACAGAUGACAUGGGCGGCGAGUACAGGUCUUCAAAUGCUUCACUUCCGACAGGCGCCAAUCGCCGAUUGGCCAAAGGAGCCGAUCAAGAACUGCUCUUGGAGGACUAUGUGAAGUGGCAAGGUCCCUCUUUGUAUCAAGGGCCGACGAAAGGUUUGGCGAAAGGGCCAAAUCCCUACUUGCGUCAGGCGCGUACCUAUCAAGCGUGCGGGCCGAACGCGGCAUUGCGAAAGGGCCCGAAGUUUGGAUUGGCUAAGGGGAGUAUUUUUUCGCAAAUAAAAGGUGUUGUCAGUGGCGAAUCUCGGGGUAAAUAGCAAUAUUCGUGCAGUAUUUUAUAACUUUACUAUUGAUUUUUGUCAAAUACUUUUGUUUCCUUAAAUUUUUAUCUUUGUUGAUUGUUAUUAGUUACAUGGUUAGGGCAAUUUAUUGUUUUAAAUGUUUUGUAAUGUUCAUUGUGUUGACGGACGAUGAUUGUUAAAGCAAUUUUUUGUUUGUAGUUAGGUUAUGGUGUAUGAUCAUUGUGAAGUUUUUAAAUCGUUCUCUGUUAUACAAUCGGAUCCAAACUGAUGUCUAUUUAUACAAACGCAAUCUUGUACCUUUUUUAGUAAAUUGUGACUGCUUAGAUUUGAAAUACUUCUAAAUUAUAAUUUGUAGUCUUACAUUAAUUUAGACAUGUUUUUUUGAGCUUUAUUUUCGUAUUAAAAGAGUAUUCUGCCAUACUAAUGAAAAAGCUAAGCGGUACUGUACAAAAGGAAGGUGCCCUUAUUCUGUUAUUCCAUUUUUCAAAGUUACCAUUUUAUCUUAAAAAAAAAUUGCUAAAAACUGUGUUACUUGGGAAAUAGGUUUGUAUUUUACUGAGUAAAUUUGGGUGUCUAUAGAAAAUCUGUUGCCUAGCAAUUGGACGAGAAAAACUGUCAACUGUAGCGCGUUCACAUCUCCAGAUACAAUAUGGUGCUUAUAGACAUACAGUACAUACGUACCAAAUGUGACAAUGACAGCACAAGGAGAUUAUGUUGUUUUUUUUAUAUUUCGAUUCAAUCAUAUAUCGGUUUGGCAUCAUUGUAGUGAGGAACAAGGAUAGCGUUAUCG